AUCCCGCGUCUCUCAAUCCUCUUCAACCCUUGAUAUAACCACAAAGCUAAGGGCAACGACUAACACCCACUCGAUCGCAAUGAACCCCAAAACGAUACUGCUCCUUUUGACCACAAUAACUCUCUCAACGGCAAUUCCUUUCUCCCAGCAGCAGACCCCUGCCUCAACCCCAACUAAACAAUCCGCACACUCAGCGCUGAGCUCUAUGUUCACUGCCUCUGCCUCUGCCUCACCAAAAACAGACAACAGCACCUGCCCAGACAGCCACCGGUCCAAGCAAUGCUGUCAGAGCAUCGACUCCAUCGCAGAGGGCGUCACCAAGCCAUUGGGCCAGGUUGUCCCAUACUUAGAUGGGGUAGCAGUGAAAAGUAUCAUGGGGCUUGAAUGUAAAGCAAUGUCCGAUAAAGAUCCAAACGAAAACUGUACAAAGGAUGUUAUGUGUUGUAAGGGACAGCCGGGGGACAAGGGAAGUGACCUAGUCAAAGCCUGUGAACCCUACGAUAAAGCAAUGAAAGAUAAACAGGAAGCCCUGGAGAAGAAUAAGCAGCGGCCUCUCGAGAUAGCGAUGAGUUGGGCGGCUAUGACCAGUUCGAUGCUAGCGGCGGCGUCGUCUUCUGCUGCGGCGUCUUCGUCGUUUCCUGGGUUGGCUUCAAGCGGGGUGCAUGCUGUGCCUACGGGUAAUUAGGGGAUAAUCUUUGUGUUCAAUCUUGGGGAUGGGGUGUUACUAAGUUACUUAAAUAUGUGGAGGCAUUUACC